CGCCUCCACAGCGCAUGCGGGCGCGGGCGUGACGGCGCGCGCCAGCCGCGGUCGCCUUCCCUCCCCAAGAUGGCGGCGGCCACCGGCGGCGAGGCGGUUUGUGGCGACGGCCCGGCAAGCGGCACCGGCGACAUCGGCAAGAGGGGUCACCUGGGCAUCCCCGAGGCCAUUUUCGUCGAAGAUGUAGAUUCUUUCAUGAAACAGCCAGGAAAUGAAACAGCAGAUGUAGUGCUCAAGAAGCUGGAUGAACAGUAUCAAAAAUAUAAAUUUAUGGAACUUAACCUUGCCCAGAAGAAAAGAAGAUUAAAAAGUCAAAUUCCUGAAAUUAAACAGACAUUAGAGAUCCUAAAACACAUGCAAAAGAAAAAGGAAUCUACAGAUCUCAUGGAAACCAGAUUCUUAUUGGCAGAUAAUGUCUACUGUAAAGCAUCAGUUCCUCCUACAGAUAAAGUUUGUCUCUGGUUAGGGGCCAAUGUUAUGCUGGAAUACGAUAUUGACGAAGCCCAGGCACUGCUAGAAAAAAAUCUUAGCACAGCUACAAAAAACCUCGAGUCCCUAGAAGAAGAUUUGGAUUUCCUUAGAGAUCAAUUUACAACUACGGAAGUCAAUAUGGCCAGAGUUUAUAAUUGGGAUGUAAAGCGAAGAAACAAGGAUGACCCUCCUAAGAACAUGGCUUAGUUCUACUAGUUUUAAAUACGGUUUUGUUUUUUCUUAUUUUUAAACUACCGUUCGGUUCAGCCUUUGAUGGACUGUGUUUUAAUUUAAUCUUUUUGGUUGUUGACAUAAUGGCGAGCACCUUUUGUUUUUAUAUUUUUUAAAAGGGGCAACUCUUAUUUGGUUCCAUGCAUGCUUCAUGCGAUUGGCCUGUUGGAAAAGGAGCCACAACAGUUUGUAGUGAAGAAGCCCCUCAUCAAUCUGGGAUUUGAGUCAAGGGAAUUAGAGAGGGUCAUUUUUUAAGUCACAGAAACUCUUUGAUGCUGAAGAUUUAUUAAAGAGGUCCACAGAAUAUAUCAUGGGGACAAAUGUACCGCUGAUGUGACAGAGUGAAUACAUCUUUGUGUUUUUGGCAAAUGACCCCUUUAAUCUCACCCUCCAGACGUUCUCUGUUUAAUUCUGUUCUGGAGAAUGGCUCAUCUUGGUACUUCAAAAGAUCACAUUUGGCCUUUGAAGGGUUAAAUAAUAAAACACUGAAUCCUGUU